AUGGAGAACUUUACACUCUUCUUACUCUAUCUGGCCAUCCCUGGCCUGCUCUUUUCCUUUCUACAGCAGAUGCGCUUGUGGGCAAAGAUGAGCCAGAUCCAGACAAGCAAGCAGGCAUUUCCAGGACCCAAGCAGUACCCCAUCGUUGGGCGGAUCCAUGAUCUGCCGCGCUUCUCGCUGUGGCUCAAGUUCAAAGAGUGGGCCGACGAGUUCGGCCCUAUCUACCAAACCCGGGCCGUGGACCAGACCUUUAUCAUCAUAUCAGACGAGAAGAUUGCCGAGGAGCUGUUGGUCAAGCGUGGCCACAUCUACUCAGGGCGUCCGCAGAUCCGAUCGCUGAUUCGCCAUAAGGAGGGUCCGGCCUACUCGGCCCUGAUGGAUCGACAUGACAUCUGGCAGCGCCAGCGCAAGUGGGUGCACGCGGCCAUGGCAGAGGCGCACAAGCACCACUUCUACGGGCACAUUGAGGCAGAGACGGCGCGGCUGCUGGCGAUGCACAUCCUGGACCCGGCACAGUUCCUGGACAAUACGCGUGAGUACUGUGGCCGGAUCAUGUCGCGGCUGUCGUGGGACGACGCGACGCAGGGCCGGGUCAACGGCGACAGCGCGGACCAGACGCUGCACUGCAUGUCGGUCUCGGGCCCGAUCACGAACACGAUGACGCCGCUGUGGCACCUGCCGCUGUUUGCGAACCCGUGGAAGCGCUUCGAGAUCCGCCGCGAGGCCGAGCAGCGGCGCUGGUGGCUGGCCAACCUGCGACUGGCCCGCGCCCGCUACCUGCGCGGCGAGCUGCCGGCCGACACCUGGGGCUACCGCUACUUCCAGCAGGUGCAGCGCGCGGGCAACGUGGCGCUGGAGCAGGAGCUCGAGCAGGAGACCUUUGCCAGCUGCAUGAUCGGCUUCUUCAACCUCGUCGGUGUCGUCACCAUCUCGGGCCCGCUCAAGUUCUUCAUGAUGGCCAUGGCCCUGCACCCAGAGUGGCAGGCCAAGGCCCAGGCCGAGAUCGACCGCGUCUGCGGCGACCGCAUGCCCACCAUGGCCGACUAUGCCAGCCUGCCGACCGUGCGGGCCUGCAUCAAGGAGACGCUGCGCUGGCGCUCCGGCGUGCCGCUAGGCGUGCCGCACCAGGCCGAGCGUGACGACGUGUACCGUGGCGUCGAGAUCAAGAAAGGGACCAUCGUCCUGGCGUGUGAAUGGAAUCUCAAUCGCGUCGCGUCAAGGUAUCCCGACCCAGAAAACUACCACCCCGAACGGUAUCUGGAAGAGGGCUGGCCGACGUACAUGGAGCCGCUCUCACGGUACCCCAACCUGCGCGACGGCGCCUCCAUGCACACCUUUGGCUGGGGUCGCCGCGCGUGCCUGGGCAAGGACAUCGCCGACGACGAGAUCUUUGUCUGUGCCGCCGGCCUGCUCUGGGGCCUACAGCUAGCCCCCAAGAUGUGUCCCGUCACCGGCAAGGCUGUUCCCAUCGACACGCAGGCGACCAACUCGCACGUCAUCCUUGAGCCCGAAGCAUACCAGCUGAGCAUCCAGGCGCGCUCACCUGCACGGGCCAAGAACAUCCUCGACAACUACGCUGCCGUGCGACACCAGUUGCGGGUCGAGAUCUGA